CUAGAACAACCUGGGGCUGCGAUAGGUCACACGCACAUGAGUCUUGGGGAAAAGGUUAGCCUAACCCUAAUGUUAGCUUGGAGACUACGAAAUUCGCCUCAAAACUCGCCUUGCUUAUAUAAAGUAGACUCACCCAUCACAUCAUCAAUCCACAUAUAAGACGAUUCCUCUGUGUCAAAACUAAAAACCCAAUCCAGUCCAGUCCAGUCCGAUCAUCGGCGGCACAAGAGUUGCAGAUCAGGUGGAAUCGGGAGCGAUGGGUAUAAUAAGGAGCAAUUUCUUAUUCAUGAUGGGGACAGUCUGUGGGGUCUAUGUUGCCCAAAACUACAACGUACCCAACAUCAAGAUGCUCGCCAACACUGCCCUUGUCAUGGCCAAGCAUCUAGAGGAGAACUAUCGCAAACCCAAGAAGAAUAAAGAAGACGACGACAACCAUUGAUCUUUAUCUACUCACAAAUACACCCAUUUUAUUUUUGCUAUUCUUUUCUCCAAUUCCUGUUGCUUAAUUGGGGAAAUUAGAAAUUAGAAGUAGUAGUAUUAUAUUUCUAGGGUUUGCUUUGUUGGUCUUCUUCAUGGGUGUAGUCGAAAUUCCCUUCUCGUCAUAAUUUUAUUUUUUAUUAUAUAUAAUUUUGUUUUAGCCCA